GUGGGAUCGUGGCCGAGAUGAUUGUUAUGUAGUAAUACAAGAAAAAUUUGAGUGGAGGAAUUUAAUUCUUGAAGAUAAUGAAUUAGGUGAUCAUAUUUCACUGGAUAAGUCAACUAAUGUGUUAUCAUUUACCUAUCCUAAUAUCGAUACGUGUGUUAUGCAAUUUUUAUUGGAUUGGGAAAGAGUCUUUAUGAUGACUAAUUUGACUAGACAAGUGUCUUCUGUUUGGCUCAAGAAAUAUAAAGAGCACUUAAAGUUCAAUCCUACUAAUUUACAAGAAUUAUCAUUCACAUAUGCAAAGGUAAUAUUGAAAAAGAAAAAAAAAGAUGUAUAUUUGCAUAUAGUUUAAUAUAUAAAAUGUAUAGAACUUUACUUGUUCAAUUAAAUGGGCUUCAAAUGGAAAAGAGCGUUCACGACAAUACAAUAUUGAAUUAGAUAUGGCAGAUGAAGGCAAUAAAACAAAAACCACCCCUUUACCUAUAUUAAAAUCUCGUAAUCCUCAUUGGCGAAUUAUAAGUUUUUUGAGGGAUGUUUUGAACGAAAAACGAGACUUGAUUUAUUUUGUACAGAUUCUAUUCCAAACGUUACCAUUAAUGACAUGCCUUGAACAUCUUGAAGCAAAAUGUGCUAUAGAAGGCGAUAUUGGCAAAAUUUUGAUUAUACCUCGCGCUUACGAUUCAGUGCGCGUCAUCUUUUCUGCUAAAUACGCUAUUGAUAUACGCUUUACUGAUAAGACAACAAUAUGUGUUUCUGAUGCUGCUUAUCAUCAUUUAUUUUAUUCUACAUGUACUAAAACAACAGAUAAUACAGCGGAUACCUUUAUAGCACCUCAGCCUUAUCUUGUACAGCAACAAACUAUAAAUACAGAAAAUAACCUAAAGCCUAUUAAAGUAGCACAGCAGUUUAAAUUUAUGCCGUUUGAUCAGUUUUCUGGCUUAUUGGAUUCACUAGAUACCUGGUUAUUUUCUAUGGAAGAGAGUACAAAACAAAUGGAAGCUACUGAUGAGUUAUUCUUAAAUCAAAAAACUGAGCCAAGCGCUUUAUCAUUACAACAUGGUCUAUUAUGUUCAGCUUCACUUUGUCAAGGUAUUUUAUAUAAAUUACAAGCAAUGGUUUAAAAUAUUCAAAAAAAAAGAAAAAAAAAAAAAGAAAAGAAAAGAAAAAAAGUUAUAAUCUAUACUUUUAAUUGUGUG